AUUUCCAACAAACCAACACAACAAAAGCUGAACCCCCCCGGUCAGCGGCGAGCAAAAGCUCAACCAAACCCGCACCUCAAAAGCACAAAAUUUCUCAAUUUCUCAAUUCCGAAGCACCGAGACCCACCACCCCCACCCAGCCCGAGCCCGCACGCGGAACGCGGUCACGCGCUGCGCACAUGCGCCUCCGCCCUCCCUACGCACAAGCGCAGUGACGCCGGCCCGCCGCCGCCGCCGCCUCCGACCUCUGUUCCUCCCGCUCCGCGCCUGCGCGGAAGCGCGAUCACGAACUCUGGACUGCGGCUUCGAGCCUGGGCGGCGCGCGGUUACUUGUAUUGGGAGGUCCUGGGCCCGGAGGUUUCGAUGCAGAACCACGCGUACAACCGGUUGGGGAGCUUCGGGGGUGGGGCGGCCGUGCCGUCGCCGCCGCUGUCGCCGCGGCGGGCGUGGGGGAGGAAGGCCUCGGUGAAGGGAGGAGGGUCGGUGAGGGCCGGCGCGGUCGCGGGAUGGGGCGGGGGCGCGGUGCGAAGGGCGGCGCGGGCGGUGCUCGCGGCUCUGCUGCGGCGGCAGGCGGUGUUCCUCUUCGCGCCGCUGCUGUACGUGGCGGCGAUGCUGCUCUACAUGGGCUCCAUCUCGCUCGACAGCGUGCCCCGCAUCAUCUCGCGCCCGGCUCCCGGGUCGAUGUACCGCAGCCCGCACCUCUACGCCCGCCUCCGCGCAGACAUGGACGCCGACAACGCCACCGACGCGCUAGCAACUGUAUGGCGACAUGCUUACAAGGAUGGUAUUUGGCGACCUUGCAUAAGCAAUAACACCAACGGUUUGCCUGAAUCAAACGGCUACAUAUAUGUGGAGGCAAAUGGUGGUCUGAAUCAACAAAGAACAUCGAUAUGCAAUGCAGUUGCAGUUGCCGGUUCUCUGAAUGCAACUCUUAUAAUCCCGAAUUUCCAUUAUCACAGCAUGUGGAGGGAUCCUAGCAAAUUUAGUGAUAUUUAUGACGAGGAUCGCUUUAUCCAUCUUUUAAAAAAUGAUGUCCGAGUGGUUGAUAAGGUGCCUGAGUUCAUAAUGGAGCGCUUUGGUCACAAUUUGAGUAAUGUAUAUAACUUCAAGAUAAAGGCCUGGUCUCCUAUUCAGUUCUAUGAAGAUGUUGUUCUUCCUAAGUUGAUUGAAGAAAGGCUUAUUAGGAUAUCACCUUUUGCAAACCGGCUGUCGUUUGAUGCUCCUCCUGCUGUCCAACGACUGAGAUGUCUGGCUAAUUUUGAAGCCUUAAAAUUUUCUAAACCAAUCACAACUUUAUCUAACACUUUAGUUUCUCGAAUGAGAGAAAAAAGCGCUGAAAACAAUGGGAAAUACGUAGCGGUGCAUCUCCGUUUUGAAGAGGAUAUGGUUGCCUUCUCUUGUUGUGUCUUUGAUGGUGGUGAUAGUGAGAAGAAGGAAUUGGAUGCAGCCAGGGAAAGAGGUUGGAGAGGGAAGUUUACUAGGCCAGGACGUGUAAUAAGGCCUGGAGCAAUAAGGAUGAAUGGGAAAUGUCCACUUACACCUUUGGAGGUUGGAUUAAUGCUACGUGGUAUGGGUUUCAGCAAUAAUACUGCAAUCUAUUUGGCUUCUGGAAGGAUAUAUAAAGCAGAGAAGAACAUGGCUCCUCUCCUUGAAAUGUUCCCUCUCUUACAGACAAAAGAAACAUUGGCAUCGGAUGAAGAACUUGCUCCAUUCAAGAAUUUCUCCUCAAGGAUGGCAGCUCUUGACUACAGUGUCUGUGUUCAUAGCGAGGUUUUUGUGACUACCCAAGGUGGAAAUUUUCCUCAUUUUCUUAUUGGUCAUAGGAGAUACUUGUAUGGUGGCCAUGCGAAGACUAUUAAGCCCAACAAAAGAAGAUUGGCCAUACUCUUUGAUAGUCCACGUAUCGGAUGGAAGUCACUAAAACGUCAACUGCUCAAUAUGAGAGCACAUAGCGAUGCCAAGGGUAUUGAAAUAAAAAGGGCAAACGAAUCUAUAUACACCUUUCCAUGCCCUGGCUGCAUGUGUCGUUCAAACAAAUCAGAACACUCCAAAUCCAUCCAGGCCAGAUAGCAUCUAAUAGUUGUAUCUUAACCUGUUUGACUGACCCCAAUUCUUUCUCGGCAUCAUAGCAUCCUCAUUGGUUGCAUGUCACCUGUUGGUGUGAUGUUCCAUCUUCAAGCACCCCUACUGAAGUGUUGCUCAUCCAUUCCAUCCUCCCCAGGGGGACUUCUGCUUGCAUUGCCUGGAGCGUGUGAGAUAUGUCAAAUUCUUUUCAUCUGAGCUAAACCUGGUGCUAACAAUACACUGAUCCGUUUCUACAAGAGAUGUAACCGUAUCUAGGGUUGUUCCUUGGCAACUUGGUGCUAAUCCGCUAGGUGUAGUAUUAGCUCCCUUGUACAUUGCUCGGCUAGGAGGCAAUCGUCAUACACAAAAUUUUGAAGAAAGAAACAUUGUUUAUUUUGGUCGAUUA